AUGACAUUUCUAACAUGCUCAACAAAUGCGUCACGAGAUUACUGUGCUAACGAAACGGAUAUUAUCGACCAUAUACUGUAUGAUACGACAGUGCAUUACAAUAGGCAUAAAACUCCGAAUGAUCCAGUGGACGUGAGGAUCGAGUUGUGGGUACAAGAAGUGACGUCAGUGUCGGAAAUGACACAAGAUUUCGAAAUUGGUGGGUUUUUUUGGUGAAUAGGGUAGGGUAGAUAAAGGUGAAAAAAAAUUUAUUUUUCUUAUUUUAAAAUUUUUUAAAUGUUUUUUUAUUUUAAUUUUUGAAUUUUUAGUAAAAAGCGCGCCAAAAGUUGUGUUACACGGCUUUUUAAUCCAAUAUUUAUUUUAUCAACAAAUAUAACUAAAACGACAACUAACAAUAGUAAGAUAUAGUACUAGUUAUAACUUAGUCAAUCGGUUUUGAUUUGACCUUCCUUAGCGGUAAAGUUUUGUAACAGAAAUUUUGGCGCACCCAAAAGUCUUCCCAAUAAAGUUUUGUAACAGAACUUUUGGCGCACUCUGUAAUUUAAAAUUUUUUAUUCUAAAACACUUUUAAAUUGCUCGAAAUUCAUGUUAGUGCCACUUUGAAGCGCAUUAUGCAAAGUAACAGAACGCUGAUUUCCGUUUAGGAAACUGUCCUUUGGGAAUAAAUAAUGUUUUUGGGAGACGUUUUAGAGGUCUGGAUAAGAUUUUAAGGCUGAAAUGAGAAAUGAAAUUGUAAAAUACGCAGUUUGAACAAUGUACUGAAAAAAUUUUUGAUUUUUUAAAAUUUUUAAAAUCUUUUUUUUAAUUUCAAAAAAUUUAAUUUUUUGUCAUUUCAGAUUUAUAUGUAAAUGAAUUUUGGGAAGACCCAGCCUUGGCCUAUGAUUAUAUGAGGCCAUGUAAAAUGAAUCUCUCAUUUGAUCAUACCAUGAUGAAUACUAUUUGGAUACCAAAUACAGUAUUUAUUAAUUCAAAAAGUGCACAAAUUCACAGUUCUCCAUUUCGAAAUGUGUUUCUAAUGAUCUUCCCGAACGGGUCAAUUUGGAGCUGUUGGAGGAUAAAAAGUAGAGGUCCUUGUUUGUUGGACCUUUAUCAGGUAACGUGUCUUGGCCUUAGCUCAAGGUCUGAGUUUGACCUAGGCUCUGGCUCUAGCUCUGGCUCUGGCUCUGGCUCUGGCUCUGGCUCUGGCUCUGGCUCUGGCUCUCACUCUCACUCUCACUCUGACUCUGGCUCUAGCUCUAGCUCUAGCUCUAGCUCUAGCUCUAGCUCUAGCUCUAGCUCUAGCUCUAGCUCUAGUUCUAGCUCUAGCUCUAGCUCUAGCUCUGGCUCUGGCUUUGGCUCUGGCUCUAGCUCUCUCUAGCUUUAACUCUAUUUCUAGCUUUUGGUUUGGCCUUGGCCCUGGUCUUGGUUUUGGCUGUGGGGUUGUUUUGUUAAUAACUUUGGCUGUGGCCUUUAAUCCUAAGACGGGCCCUGUUCUUGCACUUGGCCUUGGCUCCAGCUUAGGGUUGGACAUUUACCGGUAAAUUGAUUUUUCGGUAAAAAUUUUACCGGUUUUUACCGGUUAUUACCGGUAAAUUUGCCGGAUUAUUAUUUGGUAUUUAAAAACUUAAAAAUGUCAUUAAAACGUUCAAUAAGCCUUGUAAAACAACAAAAACAAUAAAAUAGUAAGUAUUUCAUGUCAAUUUUAACCACAACGCAAAGUAUGGCAUGAAUUUUCAAUUUUAGUAAACUACAAUCUCUUUAUCUUCAUCAUCUUCUCUAAUCUCUUCUUCAGAUUCAUCAGAACUAACUUCAUAUUGAAUUUUCUACCGUCAACACGUAACUGGCGCUCGUUGAAGUUAAUAAAUGUAUUCCUGUGAGCGUUUGAUGCUGUCAAUCUGUUCGUUGUUUUGUUAUGAUUCCUGCCGCGGGUAGACCAUCUCUCAAUACUAGCUGAGUUGCUGGCAGAAGAUGUUGGUACAGUCUUGUAAGGUUACUGACUUAUUUUGCAUCACAAUAAUUGCAAAAGUAGUCAUUAUGUGUUCUUUUGUAACAGACUUUGAUAUUUUUAAACAUAUUUCGUCAAAAUAUUGCUAAUUUUCCGAAACAAAAACAAAUUUUAAAACAAAAGUCGUUUUCGUGCUAGGACACAAAACACUUUUUUACCGGUAAAAAACCGAAAGUUUCGGUAGAAUACCGGUAAAAUUACCGGUAAAUUUACCAGUAAAUUUACAUUUACCGGUAAAUGUCCAACCCUACUCCAGCUUCAAUCCCAGAUCCACCUUUAGCCUUAGCCUCACUCUAACCCCAGCCCAGCGCCUAAAACGCAAAGCCGUAGCCGUAGCUUUGUAUUUACUAGUACAUUACUUGUAUGAUGCCUUAUAUCAAUAUUUUAAAAAAUUUAUAUCUAAGUCAUUAUUUUCAGUUUCCAAUGGACAAAAUGACUUGUUUUUUGACAUUUGAAAGUUACAAUUACAAUAGGAAUUUGGUGAGAAUGACGUGGAAUAAUCCAUCAUCAGUACUGUUAUAUAAAGAUAUUGAACUGCCUGACUUUUCACUUACGAAUUUCACUUGGGAUGUUGUGCAGAAGGUAGGCUUAUUAGUAUUUUAAAUACUAUGUAUGUAGGUUUAUAUACUGAAAUAUUGUCAUUUUUAAGUAAAAUAACUGUAAAUUUGUGUUGCGCAGCCUGGAGGUGACAAGUUAUACGCUGAAAAAAUUUUCUGAAAUUCGUUGAUUUGUAAAGAAAAUUCUUGCUAUUUUUAGCUUUGUAAAGAAAGUUCUUGCCAUUUUUUGUUUUGUAAACAAAGUUUUUGUUUAGGAAUAUGCAGCGGGUGUUUGGGAUGAGUUAUCAGUUCAUUUUGCUUUUAAACGUCGAUAUGGUUGGUACCUACUUCAAGGUUAUAUACCUACGUAUCUUACUAUAUUCAUCUCAUGGAUUCCGUUUUAUCUUGGACCGAGGGCUAUACCUGCUAGGACUAUGAUUGGAGUGGUGAGUUAAAUUUUAUUUUUUUGGUUUUUGAAAAGUACGGUAUACCAAAAAUUGUAAAAUAAAAAGUUACUGUACUGUAAGAGUCAUUUAUUACAUAUAGUAUGACGUUAUAAUAACUAAAAGGCUAUUAAUUAAUACUACAGUAACUCCUGAGCAGUAAUGUAAAUCUACAGUAAACUAAAGCCUUAUUUUACAAUAUUACAGUAUCCAACCAGCUAAAUUACGGUAUUUUCAGAACGCCCUCUUAGCCAUGACAUUUCAAUUUGGAAAUGUGAUCCGUAACUUACCGAGAGUAAAUUACAUUAAAGUAAUCGAUUGGUGGGUACUAUCGGGUAUGUCUUUCGUGUUCGGUUCCUUGAUUGAACUGGCUGUGAUUGGCUUUAAAAUGAGAAAUGAAGGAAACAGCUUGAAGAUCAAGGAUUUAAGCAAGAAGAGGAAGGUAGGCUAAACUAUAAUAAUGUACUAUUUUUACUAUGUAUAAUAGGCUUGAGGCAAUUAAAUUUUAUAAGAUGGCAAAACAAUAUGAAAUCAACGUAUUUUACACCAGUUUUUGCCAUUUUUUGUUUUGUAAAGAAAGUUCGUGCAAUUUUUUAGUUUGUAAAGAAAGUUCUUGCCAUUUUGUUUUGUAAAGAAAGUUCUUGCUAUUGUAUGCUUUGUAAAGCAAGUUAUCGCCAUUUUGUUUUGUAAAGAAAGUUUUUGCUAUUUUUUGUUUUGGAAAAAAAGUUCUUGCCAUUUUAUGUUUUGUAAAGAAAUUUUUUGCCAUUUCUUAUGUUGUAAAGAAAGUUUUGUCAUUUUCGGUUUUUUAAAGAAAGUUUUGUCAUUUUUCGUUUUGUAAAGAAAGUUCUUGCGAUUUUCUUUAAUUUUUUUUGCAACGCGAUUUAACCAUACAAACGUUCAAUAAUGACGAACUAUGAAAAUUACCGUAUUUUACAUUUUUCAGUUCAAGAAGAAAACAGAAGCUGUGAUUAACUGCGAACGCUUGGAUUUGAUGUCACGAUACCUGUUUCCACGUAAGUUUUAUGAAAUUAAACCUCUUUUCUUCGUAUUUUACAAAAUACUAUCAGUAUUUCUAAUUUUUUUUAAUUUUUAAAAUUUUUAAAUAUGAAUUUCUAGUUAUGUUCACCCUGUUCAACCUUGUAUAUUGGGGCCGGAUGAUUAUCAACAAUGAGUUUUAGGACUUCAAAACUUCAAAAUCUUCUAA